GAGCCAGUGUGAGCCAGUAGGAGCCGGCGGUGAGCCGGUGGUGAGCCAGUGCGAGCCGACGACGAGAGCCGGCCGUGAGCCGGCAAUGUGAGCCAGGCCGAGCCGGCGGUGAGCCGGUGGUGAGCCAGUGUGAGCCGGCGUUGAGCCAGUGUGUGCCAGCGUGAACCGGAAGUGGCGUACGUCGAGCUAAUCCCUGAUGCUACAAAAUUCGCUUAGUCCUUUGAAGGGUGCUGAAGGCUCAUACAGGACGUCCGACAUGACUUUACUGGACUAAACAUCAAACUUGGACAUUCUUUCGAACUUCGUGUCCGGUUAAAGUCGUCUCCCGUGCACGUUGUAGCUUCUCGGCCUGGUUUAGCUUAGCUUGCUAGCCGUCAACAAAGAGACGCGUUUGUGAGCAACACAAGCAGAAAACAAACGUGAAAGUAAAGUGUCGUGUUUAUCGUGUGAACAUGUGUGCAAGGAGGACAGCGGAGUACGAGGAGGAACUUUGUGGAGCAGAAGACGAGAACGAGCCACAACGCCGACUACUCGAUGCUGUUUGCAAGAUGCAGCAUCGCGAUGCGCAACACAGAGAAGACGCCACUGAAGAUCUCCGGCAGGAGCCAGAGCCACCUCCCAUUAAACAGGAAGAAGAGGUCCCCCACAUCAAAGAGGAAGAGGAGCCACAGCCCCCUGACAUUAAAAAGGAGGAAGAGCACCUCCACAUUGAGGAGGAAGAAGAGCCUCCCUACAUUAAAGAGGAAGAGGAGGAGGAGGCUAUCGCCAAGUUUCCAUCAAUUGGUGUCCCUGCGAAAAGUGCAGCUGAAGGUCAAAGUGAGGAGAACAGAGGUGCGGAGCCUCGAACCAGCAGCAGCUCGAGUCAACAUAUGACAUCGGAAGAUGAUGGCGACCGCCUCGGAGGAUCACAAGCAGACGGCCUCUUAGCUCCACUGUCAGAUAGUGACGACAUGACGUCACACUCAUCUGACUAUGAUGAUUAUAAACAGUCUGAAGGUCAUCAGACGUGUUACACUGACAACAAGCAAUGGAAACCUUCUCAGUGUGGGAAAACGUCUUGUAAGGGCAAAUUGAAACAACACAUGAGAGUGCACACUGGAGAGAAACCUUUUGUCUGCUCAGUUUGUGGUCAAGGAUUCACUCGGAAGGGAGACUUAAAAAUACACACAAGAACUCACACUGGUGAGAAACCUUUUGCCUGCUCAGUUUGCGGUCAAAGUUUCACUCGGAAGGGAGACUUAAAAAUACACACAAGAACCCACACCGGCGAGAAACCUUUUACCUGCACAGUUUGUAGUAAACAAUUCUCUCAUAAGGGAAACUUAAGAAGUCACACAAGAACCCACACUGGAGAGAAGCCUUUUUCCUGCGCAGUUUGUGGCCAAAGAUUCUCUGAUAAGGGAAACUUGACAAAACACACGAGAACCCACACUGGUGAAAAACCAUUUUCCUGCUCAGCUUGUUGUCAAAGGUUCUCCGAAAAGGGAGACCUAAAAAGACACACAAGAACACACACGGGAGAGAAACCUUUUGCCUGCACCAUUUGCGGUCAAAGAUUCUCUCGUAGGUAUUGGGCUAAGACACACAAGUGUGCUGGUGAGAAUCGCAGUGAUCAAGAAGCGUUAAAUGAAAAUGUCAAUGUUUAAUAUCAAAGGUAUUGACUAUCAUGCUCAUUUCCAAAACGCAUCUGCCAUUGGGAAGUGAUUACAUAGCAGAUAUACAGCAGUUCAACGGAUAAAUAUGAUGCACUGCUUGUUGUAUCCAGCGCCUUCCGGUCUUUGUCUCUUUCCGGCGCUGCGACGUCACAUAAGCCAAACAUCGUGUUCAUUCGGCGUCGUGUGCAACGGUUCCAUGCUGUUGUUCCUUGUGUAUUUGUUGACGUGUGAUUUAGCGAUGUCACGAUGGUUUAUUGUGUGGCAUUUGGCUGUACAAAUGGUUCAGGCAGCGGCAAGAGUUUUUUUUGAUUUUGGCCUUCCAAGUGAAAAAGGAAUACGUGACCAGUGGAUAGGGAAAGCCAAUGGACAGGGGGAGAAACGUGCUCGGCUAUGGGUGCCUAGCGAACGUUCCAAGCUGUGCCGAUCACUUCCAACCGCCGUGUUUUGAGAAAGACUUGGCAGAACGCAUUGGAUGCAGAGGCUGAAACCGGCUACGGCCAUCGGGACCUCGACCGCCAGCCGGAGAACUAAAUGUCGCACCGUGGCGAAGCGCCGAUCAUUUCCUGGGAUAUACCUACGACUCUGUUAUGGUUACUAUGUACUGGGCAGCAGGAAACAAAGAUCCACGCAGUAGUUUUCAGUACUGACCUCUGUACUUUUGCAAAUAUGAAUUUGAACUGACCCCAUAACAUCUUUGUCAUCUGACCUUGAAGCAACGCAUGCGUUUUGUCCAAUGUUUUUUGUGAUUUGGGUAUCAAAUAAGUGGAUGAUUGAUUGAAGUCAUCUGUGAAGAAACUUUGACUUUUGGUGGUAAACUGUAAAGUGCACAUGUGAUCCUUGAUCAAAUAAACCUCUUCAAAUAGUGG